GGUGGUUACUGCCUCAAGUCCUUGGCAGAGGGUUGUGCCUUAACUUUGAGAAGUUUACUACGUGACCCAUGUCCAAGAUUGCCGCCGCUUACUGAGCCAUCAGACAGUAUGAUGACCACAAUCCUGAACGCCAUCAAGAUUCUGAGAAACUAUUGGAAAUGUUUCAAGCAUUUUGAAACAUUGGAGCAUUCAGAAGUUUGCACAUUUACUGAUGUCAACACCAUGCCUCCAGCCCCUGAUGUGACUUUCAGCACUCCAGAGAACAGACCAGACAAGUUUGAGAUCAUAAAUUGCUAUCCCGUCCAGGAAGAGAAGGUCCGCACACAUUUUGCAAAUCUGAUCCAGAAGCUGAUAGCAGAAGCUGACCUGUCGGUAGCUGAGCACAGGUGUUGCUAUGUAUUUGAUGCCGAGAUGAGAUCGCACAAGAACCUGCAUGAUAAAUCCCAUCCUGAGAGACCAGAACGCAUAAGUAAAAUAUAUGCCACAAUGGCUGAAUGGAAGUUGCUUCAGAAGUGCUUAACUGUUGCUUCAAGAUUAGCCAGAAAGUCUGAGCUAUUAUGGAUUCAUGGAGAGGACUAUCUGAAUGAUUUGUUGAGGAGCCAGACCAAAGCUGAUGAUGAGCUCAAGAGCUUCCCAGUUGAGCACAGAUAUACCUCCAUUUACCUGCAUCAGAAAUCUGUGCACUGUGCCUUGUUGUCCUGUGGAAGUCUUCUCAAUGUUGUGGAAGCUGUAUUGAGGGGAAAGUCCCAGAGUGGUGUUGCCAUUGUCAGACCCCCAGGUCACCAUGCUGAGUCCAAGAAAGCGAUGGGCUUCUGUUUCUUUAACAAUGUCGCUGUGGCAGCCAGGUUUGCUCAGGUUCACUUCGGUCUCAAGAGGAUUCUCAUUGUAGACUGGGAUGUACAUCAUGGCAAUGCCACACAGCACCAGUUCUAUACUGACCCAAGUGUCCUCUACAUCUCCCUGCAUCGUUACGACAAUGGCAACUUUUUCCCCGGCAGUUCGGAUGCAGAUUUCAAGUGUGUUGGUUCAGGAGCAGGAGAAGGGUCCAAUGUCAACAUCCCAUGGAGUAAUGCCCGAAUGGGAGAUGCAGAGUAUAUUGCUGCCUUCACUCAGAUCAUCAUGCCUAUUGCAUAUGAGUUUGCUCCAGAACUUGUGCUGGUUAGUGCAGGAUUUGACUGCGCUGUAGGAGACCCUCUGGGAGGCUAUGCUGUAACUCCAAAUUGCUUUGGUCACAUGACACACAUGCUGAUGGGACUGGCCAAUGGAAAAGUAGUUUUGUCAUUGGAGGGAGGCUACAACUUGAACUCACUGUCUUACUCCAUGUCCACAUGUAUGGCGACACUGCUUGGAUACCCUUGUCCCAUGCUGGGAAAUCUGAUCCCCAAUGAGAGGGCAGUUGAGACAAUCCGAGACGUGAUAGAGACUCACAAACAGUACUGGACCAGUCUGCGAGGCUAUU